AUGGCCACCAUCUCCGGCAAAGCCCACCUCUAUCUUCUUUUUCUCUUCAGUCUAUCCAUCUUAGCCAAGGCCAGACUCAGUCUCCUCCAUUCAGAUUUCAAAGCCCUCGAAGUUGUCCUAGAAGACUUGGGAACCAACGAUCCGCUGCUCAAUAUGCAUAAUCCAUGUAAAUCCGUCGGGGUAUUAUGCGAGCGAAGGAUCUCAAACAACUCCUAUAAGCUCAGAGUCACCGGACUUGUCUUCAAGUCACGCCAGCUCACCGGGUUUUUGUCGCCGGCAAUUGGACAACUCUCCGAGCUAAAAGAGCUCUCCCUCCCAAACAACCACCUCUUUGACCAACUCCCACCUCAACUCGUCGGCUGCCGGAAACUGGAAAUUCUGAACCUCCGGAACAACCAAUUCUCCAGCAAGGUGCCACAAGAGGUAUCAUCGUUGGUGCGCCUAAGAGUACUUGACCUCUCCUCUAAUAAACUUUCCGGGGACCUGGAUUUCUUGAAGCACUUUCCCAACCUUGAGCAACUUUUCCUGGAAGAUAACAUGUUCUCCGGGAAAGUACCUGCAUCAAUUCGGUCCUUCAGGAAUCUCCGGUCAUUUAACAUUUCCGGUAACAGUUUUCUUGAAGGCCCCAUUCCAGUAAUGAAGCCAGCAGAGUACCUAUCAGCGGAAUUGACAGAGAAGGCGGCGGUUCCAAAGCGCUAUAUCCUUGCCGAGAAUUCCUCUACCAGGAAUCGGAAUUCUGCAAUGCCGCCUGCACACAGUCCUGGCCCAACGAGUAAUACAGCUCAAGCUCCAGGGCCAUCAGCAACAGGACAUAAACACAAAAAACACAAGAGAAAUCUGGGGAAGUGGAUUGGCGGAUUUCUGAUUGGAGCCCUGGCUGGAAGUGUUUGCGGGUUGGUCUUCUCAGUGCUUGUCAAGCUAAUGCUGGUCUUGAUUAGGGGUCGAAAGAAGGACUCGGGUCCAGCAAUCUUCAGUCCACUGAUCAAGAAAGCAGAGGAUUUGGCUUUCCUGGAGAAAGAAGAUGGAGUUGCAUCACUUGAAAUCAUUGGAAGAGGUGGAUGUGGAGAAGUUUUCAAGACUUUGUUGCCAGGAAGCGAUGGCAAGAUAAUUGCCAUAAAGAAGAUAAUUCAGCCCCCGAGGGAUGCUGCAGACCUGACUGAGGAAGACAGCAAGCUUAUGAACAAGAAGAUGCGUCAAAUUAAAUCAGAGAUUCAGACUGUGGGUCAAAUACGACACAGAAACCUUCUUCCUCUGCUAGCUCAUGUUUCACGACCCGAUUGCCAUUACCUUGUAUAUGAGUUUAUGAAGAAUGGCAGUUUACAAGACAUGCUGGUUCAGGUCUCAGAUGGAACUAGGGAACUGGAUUGGUUGGCACGGCACAGGAUUGCAGUGGGGGUGGCAGCUGGUCUUGAGUAUCUCCACAUGAGCCAUAAUCCUCGCAUAAUUCACAGAGAUCUUAAGCCAGCAAACAUCCUUCUUGAUGACGACAUGGAACCCAGAAUUGCAGAUUUUGGGCUCGCAAAGGCAGUGCCAGAUGCAUACACACAUGUUACAACUUCAAAUCUGGCAGGAACUGUGGGAUACAUUGCUCCAGAGUAUCAUCAGACCUUGAAGUUCACAGACAGGUGUGAUAUAUACAGUUUUGGGGUAUUGCUAGGAGUUCUAGUGAUUGGUAAACUUCCAUCUGAUGAGUUUUUCCAACAUACAACUGAAAUGAGCUUGGUGAAAUGGAUGAGAAAUGUGAUGACAUCUGAGGAUCCAAAUAAAGCAAUUGACCCUAAGCUGAUAAGGAAUGGAUACGAGGAACAGAUGCUCCUCGUUCUUAAGAUUGCCUGCUUUUGCACUCUGGACGAUCCUAAACAAAGGCCAAACAGCAAGGAUAUAAGAUGCAUGUUGUCUCAGAUCAAGCAUUAAAUAUGCUAGUAGUCAUGAAUAAAUGUAUCCCAAAACUGAGGGAUGUGAUUAAGAUUUAAGGAUGUUCAAGCACAACUAUUAUUCCUCUAAGGUGUAAUCUAUCAUGUAAUUGUCGUCUUAUCAAGUGAUUGUUCAACUGUUUUACUUUAUUUAACAAGUUAUUCAUCAAA